UCUGCGGUGGUCGCCUGGGUUUUGGUAGUUUUUUUUUUUUUGCUCUACGUUUUUCGUUUUGAUUCUUUGUAUCUUUUACAUAUGUUUUACUCUAUCCUCGAGCACCUAAAGAAAUAAUAUCGUUUCGACUUGCCGCCGCCGCCGCCGCAUACUGACAAGAAACCAAAAAUAAAAAAUUCAAAAUGAAGGUACCCAAGGAAGAAUCGAAAGAACAAAACAAUGAAAACACAAUCAAUGAUGAUGACAAUGAAAGUAUUCCCUAUGAUGAUGAUUCGAAUGCCGAUUCAAUUGAUCAGCCAACAAGAGAUGGCGACUUUUCUGAAUACAUGUGGAUGGAAAAUCAAGAAGAAUUUGAUUUACAGGUCAUGAAAGAAUUGGAAGAAAAAGAGCUAAUGAAAGAAUGUUUAGAGGCUAUGUUAGACGAAGAGCAUAGUAAGUCCAAUGGUAAUUCAUCCAACGGAGAUGGUCAAACAAACGGAAUGGUAAACAGAAUUGAACGCUUGAGUUUGAAUUCGUGCAACAAUGGCGAUCAGCCGAGACAAUCAACAAGCACUCUCAAUCCAGAUGCUGCAGAAUUUGUACCUUCAGCCACUAGGUCGCUGAAUAAUUCAUCUAUCGUGGUAGCAAGUCCGUCUUAAGAUAAACAAAUAUAAUAUUUUUAUGUAUAAAAAAAAAAACAAAAA